GACCGAGCGGGCAAGGGGAGGUGGCUUGCGGGAGAGAGACUUUUCAGAGUUCCUAGGCGCCCUGUGAAACUGACUAGACGGGUCAAUUUCAGCAGCGGGGUCGGCGGUGCCCGUGGGAAUCCCUAGCAGGCCAGGCAGGGCUCUGAGGACCAAAGGGGAUAUUGUUGCAGUAGCAGCACAGCUCUGCUUUGCAGUUCCAGCGCCUGGGGACUUGAUCCCCUCCUCCCUCCCCCCCCGCCCCCCGAGUCCGGGACUGUAAGAGAUCAAAGGCAUUUUUGUGUGGAAGGGGAGAUCUGCUCUUGGCUUUUAUUACACCAGCUCUGCGGGGUGGAGGUGGUGGUGGGAGAACGCUCCCCAGCCGGGGGCAGACGUGGCUGAGAAGGAAUUGGAUUUGCAACUUUGCCUGUUGGAAACGCAGGGGAGUUCCUGGGGAGGUACUGGGAGCACCACUACAACCUCUCCGCUAGGGCUCUGUGACCAAGGUUCUGAUCGCCCAGCAGGGGGUCUGCAGCGUGGCUGGCAGAGACGGCACCGAGAGGAAUGCCAGCAUGAGGGGGAUAACAGAGAGAGAGAGGAUCUAUAACUUCCAGAUGGAAAGGAGCACAUAAUCCCUUUGGGAAGAAUUAGGGAAUCAUCAGCGCAGCUCAGCCUGGCGCGAAGGAAGCAAAACAUGACCCCUCGAUCUCUGAGAGCUUUACACAAGUUCGGUUAAGAGGCCAGACUCUUCUCAAUGCAAACGCUCCCGGCCCCCUCCUCCAAACUGCCUGGCUUUGUCUUGUGGGGCCCUGUUGCUGCUGGGAGUCAGUCCCCAAGCACAGAACUAUUUUUUGUUUAAGUGAUUGCAUGUUCUUUAACCAGACUGCAUCCCCACCUCCGUCCCCUUCAAGAGGAAAGUGGCUCCUAGCUGCAUUUAUCACCAUUAACGGAGAGAUCUUUUUAUAAAGGCUUUUUUUAUGUCCCGUGGGAUUUUAAAAUAUUUUUCUUGCUGGGCUUUUCCUCCAUUCAAGAGCAUUUUGAGGAGUUGCUACGUGCGCGCCCAUGGCUUUAUGAACCGGAGGGAUCUGAGGACCUCUUCCUUUCACUCCCCUACCACUCCGACCUGUCCAUGAUGGGACGAGAGCAGGAGCUGAUCCAGGCUGUGAAAAAUGGGGAUGUACCUGGUGUGCAGAAACUGGUGGCCAAGGUCAAAGCAUCCAAGAGCAAGCUCCUGGGAUCAGCCAAGCGACUGAAUGUGAAUUACCAGGACGCGGACGGGUUCUCAGCACUGCACCAUGCGGCCCUGGGUGGGAGCCUGGAGCUCAUCUCCCUGCUGCUGGAGGCACAGGCCACUGUUGACAUAAAGGACAGCAAUGGGAUGCGCCCGCUGCACUACGCUGCCUGGCAGGGGAGGGUGGAGCCGGUCCACCUGCUGCUGCGGGCAGCCGCCUUGGUCAACAUGGCGUCACUGGACGGGCAGAUCCCGCUGCACCUGUCUGCGCAGUACGGGCACUACGAGGUGUCAGAAAUGCUGCUCCAGCACCAGUCCAACCCGUGUCUCAUCAAUAAGGCAAAGAAAACCCCCCUGGACCUGGCCUGUGAGUUUGGCCGGCUUAAGGUUGCCCAAUUGCUGCUGAACAGCCACAUGUGUGUUGCGCUCCUGGAGGGUCAGUCCAAAGACACGAGUGACCCCAACUACACCACCCCUCUGCACCUGGCAGCCAAGAACGGGCACAAGGAGAUAAUCAGGCAGCUGCUGAAAGCUGGGAUUGAGAUCAACAGGCAGACGAAGACGGGCACAGCCCUGCAUGAGGCAGCGCUCUACGGCAAGACGGAGGUGGUGCGCCUGCUGCUGGAGGGUGGCGUAGACGUGAACAUCCGAAACACCUACAACCAGACGGCCCUGGACAUCGUGAACCAGUUCACCACCUCGCAUGCCAGCAAGGAUAUCAAGCAACUCCUGAGAGAGGCAUCAGGAAUCCUGAAAGUCCGAGCUUUAAAGGAUUUCUGGAACCUCCACGACCCGACUGCUCUCAACAUCCGGGCAGGAGAUAUCAUCACGGUCCUGGAGCAGCACUCCGACGGGCGCUGGAAGGGGCACAUCCACGACACUCAGAAAGGCACCGAUCGGGUCGGCUACUUCCCUCCCUCCAUCGUCGAGGUCAUCAGCAAGCGGACAGGCAUGACUCUUCCCCGCAUGGUGCCUGCACACCAGCGCCAGGGCAUUGCCGCCCCUCCCGGCGGGCUGCAGCCACUCCCAGCAGGAGACAGGAACAGCGUGGGCAGCGAGGGCAGCAUUGGCAGUAUUCGCAGUGCCGGCAGCGGGCAGAGCACUGAGGGCACCAACGGGCAGAGCACCAGUAUCCUCAUUGAGAACGCCACGCCGCUUCCCCCUGGUGGUGAGGACCUACAACAGCACCUCUUAGGAUCAAAUAGCCAGAAUGGGCAGCUGAACUCCUUGACAGGAACCCUCGGGCGCCAGAACGUGGCCAACUGUAACACCAGCAACAGGAUCUUCUCUCACCAAUACCUCCGCCCUGAACAGCUCCUGGAGGGAAAGGAUGCAGAAGCCAUUUACAACUGGCUGAGUGAGUUCCAGCUGGAGUUCUACGCGGCCAACUUCCUCAAUGCUGGCUAUGACGUCCCCACCAUCAGCCGCAUGACCCCAGAGGACCUAACAGCCAUUGGGGUGACUAAGCCGGGGCACAGAAAGAAAAUCUCCACUGAGAUUGGACAGCUCAGCAUUGCAGAGUGGCUGCCCAAUUACAUUCCUGCCGACCUGAUGGAGUGGCUGAGUGCCAUUGGGCUGCCCCAGUACCAUAAGAAGCUGGUGAGCAAUGGCUAUGACUCCAUCAGCAUUGUAACAGACCUGACGUGGGAGGACCUGCAGGAGAUUGGCAUCAACAAACUGGGUCACCAGAAGAAGAUCAUGCUGGCUGUCAAGAAGCUGACAGACAUCCGCAAGAACUUGAACCAAGCAGAAACCAAUCCAGCAAGUCGCAAAAUCCCUGGGGCCCUGGACAUAGUCACCAUUGAGUCUGUUGAGAAUGGAGAGUCCCAGUCUCCGCACACGCCCAAGAUGAUAACCUUCCAGGACAGCGAGCUGAGCUAUGAGCUCCAAACAGCCAUGUCCAACAGCUGCCAGGAAACGCUCCCCAUGAAGAACACUCAGGGGAUGUCACGGAGUCAGGAGAGCAUUGGAGUGCGCUCCAGAGGGUCAGGACAUUCUCAGGACAACGUGUUGUCCAGGACCAGCCAUUCCCAGGAGAGCCUGGGCAGCGGCAGUGGCAGCAGCGGGCACUCUUCCACACAGCCCCGACAGAAGGAUAACGCUGGCAUUCUGCCAGGGAGACCUAACCAAGAUAAUUACGGGAAGGUUAUUAUCCAGCUGACUGCCCAAGAGGGACUGAAUGGCUACUCCAAUGGGUCUGGGGGAAGCCCUCUGAAAGAGAGGAACCUCCCCGAAGGGACCGAUCAGUACCAGAGGCCUGUGGCUCAGAAAGGCAGUGUUCCACUGUUACAGACAUCCAACUCUCUACCAGCAGCAACCCCCUGCACCCCACCCCAGACGCCCAAUAAGGGCACAGCACCCUACGUCUUCAUGUAUCCUCACAUCUCCUUGAAAUCCCCCAGUGUUCCUGAGCAGCCGAAGAACCCAGCACACCUGUACCCCCAGUUCUCCUCUUCCCAGAGGAGCAAUCUCCAGUCAUCAGCUCAGAAAGCUUUCUCCUAUCUCCAUUCCCACUGCAGUGGCACGGAAUCACCAUGUGUGUCUCCAAAGCCUGGUGCCACCCUGGGCUCCUGGCAGGCUGGAGAACAGCAAAAUGGAGACACCUUCAAGUACAAGAAGCGCUCUCACAGCCUGAACCGCUACGCUCUGUCGGAUGGCGAGCAUGAGAAGGAGGAGGUACCCACUAGCACCUUGGGCUCCUACGCCACCCUCACCAGGCGCCCGGGACGGAGCCAAGUGCCACGCACCUAUCUGCAGUCAGACACCAAGGUCGUUCGCAGCCAGUCCUUUGCCAUCCGGGCAAAGAGGAAAGGGCCUCCACCCCCUCCACCCAAGCGCCUGAGCUCUGUCUCCAGUGCCCAGGCUGUGGAGGCAGAGGGGGAGCAGGAUCUGGAAUCGGAGAGAAAACCGACUGUUGCCCAAGAGUCGGUGGAUGUGACUCCCUCACCAUGGCUGGGCACCAGCGAUGCAAGCAGCAGCCAAACAGUGAAGAGCAAAGCUGCAAUGCUUGAGGUGCCCACCGUAGGUGGGAGUCCACCAAAGCCUCUUCUGUUACAAAAGCCCCCAACUCCAGAUCACGAGCUAGUUUCUAGUACAGGCUCAGAUGGUCGGCCCUGUGGAGCCAGGGUCUCUGAAGGCUCCUGCAGCACGAGGCUCUCUGAUAAUGAGAGAGAUGCCUUUGAGAGCAACAGGCCCCGCCGACGCACGUUUAGCGAAUCCAGCGUCACCACGACGGAGGCCUUGCAAAGCAGCCUGGAGGACGUCCAGUCUGACACAGAGGAGGAGCUGAGACCUGGCCCAGAGGACUGUGAGAUCUCGUCAUCGUCCUCUCAGAACAGCUCCAGUGAGUGCAUUCCAUUUGCAGAAGAAGGCAACUUAACCAUCAAACAGCGACCAAAGCCUCCCGGGCACCACAAGGCAGAAGCCACCAGCCUGGUCUCUGAGUCCAGCUCCCCGACAGCUGCCAGUGUGGGGCCUCCCUGCUCUUCUGCUGGGAAGGAGCUGGGAGGAACCACAGCGAAAGAGUUGGAGGUGCUGGAAUUCAACCUCACCGAGUCUGACACGGUGAAGAGGAGGCCCAGGCACAAGGAGAGGGAGCCACUACAGACUCUGCUAAAAGCGUUCAGCUUGGCUGGCCAGAGCCAGACUCUCGCGAGUCCGCCCCCACAAUAUGCACAGGCCCAAGCCGUGAGCAUCACGGGCCCAGUGCCGGAGCCCCGGGGGAACGGAGACGUUUUUGAUGACGACAGUGUGGAAUUCAGAAUUGCUGAGAUUGAGAAGAGCAUCCUGUCUCUGGAGAAGGGGAUCAAAAAGCCUCCACUUCCUCUGAAGUCAGCCAGCCCUGGGGAGCUGCAUGGAGGUGCUGUCCUCCUGAGGACCUCCACUGUAGGGCCAGAUGCCUCAGCCAAGCACACGUCCGUUGCUUCUACAAAACUGGUCUUUUCAGGGCCAAAAACGAUUUAUCAGCAAGUCCUGCAGCCCUCCCGGAAUACCAUUGCCCCCUGGGCAACUGCUGAGGUGGCAGGAUCCACGGCUGUUGCCUGCCCAUCGAAGCUCGAGAUUGGCAACAAGGCAGCCUUGAGCAGCGGGAUGCCCAUUUUUAUGAAGCCUUUGAGUGUCGCUCCGGAUGCAGCCCUGGCUCAGCAGAGACUGGAACAAACCAACUCCUCCCUGACAGCUGCGCUGCAGGCUGCGGAGAAAAAAAUAACAGCCGAGGAGUUGGACAGUCACUACGGGGUUACGCACUCGGCUAAUAACAUCCUGGAAGACAUCAGCAACAUGUUCGAUGACCUGGCUGACCAGCUGGACGCCAUGCUGGACUGAGACUUGGUCCCCUGCCACUCAUCCCCAGUUGCUGUGCUAAUGCCUCUCUGCCCAGGGAUCGCGACAGCUGCUCUGAUCUUUCUCCCUCCUGCACUUUAGGGCUUGGAGUGUGCACCUCCCUCACCUUUCCUGGCCCACUCGAGGCAUCCCAAUGGACUGGAGACCCAGCAGUUCAGUCAUAGCCCCAGGGAAUUUCCCAUAUGUCCCUUUGCAGCUGCAGGAGAAGAGCACAAGAAGAGGCAACUACACCUUUCCACCCUCAGCAGCGUUUGAGUGAGUGCAGUAACCCUCACUCCUGUGUCCAGCUCCCCCACGCUGCUGGCUGCCAAGAGCUCCUCUUCCUCUAACCUCUACACAAAGCUUCCUCAGGGGCCUUUUCCUCACUAGCCCCAGUGCUGAGUCCUGCCUCUUAUUAUUUAAACCCUGCCAAAAGCAUAUUGGGGGAGAGGACCUCCUUGGGCAGGCACAGCAGAGCCAAGCACUUAAUGCGCAGCCCCGGCAGGGCCUGUCGGCUGCUGAAAUAAGACGGGACUUGUUGCAGCUUGGCAGCUCUCUGGCUGAGAAGAAACCUGCCUGCUUUAUUUGGUGCUUUUUAAGCACGUCACUGUAAGGCAGCGUGUAAUCCAAGUGGAUUUAAAUCCCCACAGCAAUGCCGUGGGAGCUGCGCUGGCAUAGUCUGUACCCCAUAAAAGGAGCAAACAGGCUCAACACUUCACAACAGCUUUGUCAGGAAAUUAAGAUCUACCUGCCCCACUCCCUAAGCUUCCUGCAUGGAUUCAUUCGUGGUUAAAUGGCUCCUAGCCCAAGACUGGGAAGAGCAUGGUUUGGGCUAGUCAGUGGCAGUCUGGCUGGAGCAUGUUGCUACAGUGGAGGGUGCCCUCUGCUGGCUCUGAUUGUAAGAGAUCCCUACCCACACCCUCUGCAGUAUUGCAUAUCCAGUCAGUUGGGUAGGAACAGGUUGUUUUUUUGUGGCAAACACGUUCUCUUCUUUCUAUGUGACCACUCUAGCCCAACUCCACGCAGGGAGGGAAAUAGACCUGGAACAAGACUCAAAGCUGAGUUGGAAGCAAAGGGUUUUUUUAAAUGCUAGCAGCAUUUGGGGACCUGUGAAGCUGCUUCUUAACCCUACUAAACACUGACCAGCUUCUAGAAGAAUGGAGCUAGAAAUGACCUCACUGCACUAAGUUAGUUUUAGCUCCCUGACAGCUACUGUAAAUAGAAGUUGGAUUCACCCACGUCGGCAGGGCUGAAGCAACGGAAUGGCAGCCUCAUUUUUUUCAUUCCUAGCAGCAGUUAUAGCUGAAUUGCUUUAAGAACAAUUUUUUCUUGAAGGAUCUGUAUGGGGUCACCUGAAAUGCCAAACUAAUGAAUGCACCAGAGCAAUAAAAGGGAAAAUUUGCACAUUUUGUACUAAGGGGUCAUUUGUUGCAAAAACCACCAAGCAAAUCUAACUUUUUAAAAUUAAAGCUAAAUUAUGACGGUGACUGAAGGAAGCAGCAGCCUUCCUCCUCCCCCCAGGGAAAUUUGCACCUCAAACUAUUAAGACUGUUUACAACCUCAACUCUCCCUGCACUGGAAAGAGAGCAGCCCCUUGUAAAAUCCACCCAGCCCAGCCCAUGCAACUCUCAGCGACUUAGCCAUUUGUACCAUGAUCCCUACUGGCAGGAGAUGGAAUUCAUGCCAACCUGGUUUCUACGUAAAAACAAAACGUGUCAGGUGGUAAGGUCGGGCUGUAGACUCGACGCUAACCCAUCUUGGCCCUAGCUAGUCAGUAUCUUUGUACUUUACGUUGCCUGAAAUAUGGCCGUGUGUGAAACGGCAAGUGCUACAAAAGUGAACUUUAAAAAAUAGCUGCAACCAGUGGCACUUUAUAAAAAGGUUUAAAAAUAAAUCUUUUUAAAAGGGGUUUUCAUGUCCCACCAGUUGACUUGGGACUAGUCCAACUUUUUCAAUGUUGAUAAACUGUAAAUGUUUUUUUAAAAGACAAAAUGUAUAUAUUUUAAAUGUGAUUAUAUAUUUACUAACCAGAUUUCAAAGUGUCAUUAUCUAGGGACAGGGAUAAGAGAGACACUGGGGUAGAGCUGCAUUACUCUGAGCCACCAGAGGGGCAGCAGAAUGCUGUUCUUACGGUCAAUAACGGAAUUAGGUAUUUGUUUUUCUCUCAGAGGAAUGCUUAUUUUUCAAGUUCUAGAUCUUUAUUUUAAAGAUAUUGUAUGCUGUGUAAAUUAUGUAUGGGCAUAACUGUGUCUAACGAACCCCUGUUCCUUGCAGCCAGGGAGCUAGGGAAAAAAUAGUCCACGUAAUCGCCAGACUGACAGAUUUUAAACCAUCUGGACUGUUUGUGUUAAUCAUGCGGUUUGUUUUCCACUAACAUCAAUUAAGACUUAAUUCGAUUAAACAGUGGGGCUUUUCUCCCCUUUGAUAGUUCUGCCUAA